AUGGAUGAAAUUGAAGCAUAUGGAAAUGGCAUCUAUUCAAGUGCUGCUGAAAUGGAUGAAACUAUGGGAACAGGAUCUGGAUGGGAGCGAUUCAACUUCGACAAGGAUGCACCUCUGGAUGACGAGGAAAUUGAAGCUGCGGAGGAUGAUGUUGCAUUAGUCAAACACGCGGGACAAAGCUUUCGAUUUUCUGUAGUGAAGGCAAAGAAAGAGGAAGAUAUCAGGGAUGCUCACGAUGAGGCGAUGUUUGGAGCCUCUUCUCUUGCACUACACGUAGAAACAGAUAACGAAGCUGAAGAGGAUAAUAAUACAAAAGAGAACGUUACAAGUUCCCCCGUCAAAAGUCUUCUUAGUGACCAGGUGAGGGACUUCAUGCGAGAUAAUCGUAGAAGGCAGCUAGGGAUAUCACAGUGA